GGCCAGGAGAUUGUCAGGCUGCUCUUGUUGCAUUCGCUGGUGCUCUGUCGUCUCUCUGCACUUCAAUCAUCUCAUCGGUGGGUCGCCGAGUCAGAGCUUGUCCUCAUAACACUCCUCUUCCCGCUCCAACACACGCAUUUCAGAAAUCAUCGUCAAGGCCAUGCUCACCAGCUCACAACUGAUCGUUCUGAACUGUCGAGCAGCUGUGGACUGUUUCUGCGCCACCUGAGCCCUUGCGCAACUUGUGCAUCACCUGGAAGCCUCAUAUGAACAUUGUUUUAAGCUUUUUAGGGGUCUCUUCUUCGCGUACAUCCGUCCCUGGUUUGAAUGCUGGUGUUGUCGACGCAGUAUUUCCUGCACUUAGACUUCUGCAUUGAGUUAGUUUGAGGUCGUGGUUUCAUCACCUCUGGGGUUUCUUUUAGUUGGAGACUGAAGGCUGCAGUGUAUUGGAAGUGUACUCCGACCUGUCUAUUGGGCUGCAGGGAGAGCUUUUCGUUGCAUUGCACAGUAUUGUGAAAUUAAGUACAAGUAGCAGUGGACAAGCGACCUUGGAGGGAGGUUGCAAAUGGGAGCCCUGGAGUUGCGAGCUGGGGUGCUGAUUAUCUUCGCCGCUCUAUGUUGGGCCACAGCGGGCGUUGUCGACGGUGUCACGUUCACGGAGCAGUUUACUACUUUCUCAACUGAUGGUUAUCAUGUUCAAGUGGCGCCUGAUGGCCUGGAGGCUAAGAUUGUGCUGGACCAAUAUGCAGCUUCUGGAUUUGGAUCCAAAAACCAGUAUUUGUUUGGAAACAUCACAAUGAAAAUCAAGCUCGUGCCGGGCGACUCUGCUGGCACUGUAACCGCUUACUAUUUGUCGUCUGCCCAACCCAACCACGAUGAGCUUGAUUUUGAGUUUUUGGGGAACGUCUCUGGGGAGCCCUAUGUUUUACAGACCAAUAUCUUUGCUAAUGGCCUUGGUGGUAGGGAGCAACGGAUCAAUCUGUGGUUUGAUCCCACCACGGAGUACCACAGUUACGGUGUUCUAUGGAACAGAAAGCAAAUCAUUUUCACAGUUGACAACAAACCAAUUCGCCUGUUUAAGAACAAUGAAGAUAUUGGUAUUGCAUAUCCCAAGAGCAAGCCCAUGGGUUUAUACGCCAGCCUUUGGAAUGGCGACAGUUGGGCCACGCAAAAUGGUUGGAUCAAGACUAACUGGACCCAUGCACCAUUCAUUGUUUCAUUCAAAGAUUUCAGCACCUUGGAUGGUUGCGUGGUGAUAAACAAUAACACCAGCCCAUGCACCACGGUUACUACCUCCCACUGGUGGGAGGAUUCAGCCUAUCAAAUCAUCGACCGCAAUCAAGCAGAGCAACUCCUGUGGGUAAAAAAUAAUUAUAUGGUCUAUGACUAUUGCACAGAUACUAAGAGGUUUCCAACUCCUCCUGUCGAAUGUAGCCGUAACGUACCCUUGUUAUGAUUUUCUGAUUGCCUUGCUGUGGGGAAGCAUCGUUCUGUCAGUUUGCUAAGCAUUUGCAGUGGAAAAAUAAGUUCUACACAGUAUAUGCAAGCGUGCUUGUUUAUGAGUAUUUUUUACUAGCAAGUCUCGAAGUCAUUCCACUACGCAAGAUAUUGAACUAGACAUUCCAGUUCUUCGAGGUUAUGAAGGCAGUGGCCGAGAAUUUAGACAGGAGUAAUUGCAUUGAGUUGUUCAGUAAUGUGUUGUUCAUUAAAUUCAUUUUUUAUACUGAAGUUUUUAUUAAUUUAUAUUUUUGACAUUAAUUAUUUAUUCAUUUA